GUGAUUAUCAAAGCCAAUGAUGGAUCUAUCUUUGGAGGCUAUGUGGAUGAAGCGUUGAGAUACAUGAAUACAGGAUGGUAUGGAAAUGCAUCCAAUUAUCUAUUUCGACUUGAACCAAGCUACGGUGCCUGGGAGGGAAAUGAGGAACAUAAUGAUCAUUUUCAAUAUCUUUGUUGGGGUAAAAAGAGUUUACCAAAUGGAUUUGGUAUGGGAGGACAAUUUGAUUAUGCUGGGUUGUGGAUUGAAUCCGACUUUAAUCAAGGACAUUCGAGAGCAGGACCUUUAUGUACGACUUAUCAUAGUCCUCAGUUACCUUCUUUAAGCGAGAAUUUCUUAAUAGAUGAAAUUGAAGUCUGGUUAGUCAGGCCACUUGAAGAAAAAGACGAUGAGGAGACAAAGGAAGGCAAAGGCGUUUUAAAUUAUUCUGAAGACAUGGAGUUUAUGGAAAUGGCGGGCAAAAAAUUAUAUUCUAAAGAUUUGGGUCCUGAAAGAAAAAAAAGAUAA